CAAGGUGCCCUCUCUCUCUUCCGUCCUCCCCCUGCCUCCCGAGUCUCGACUCUCGAAAAAGGGGGAGGGCGUCCUAGCCCCAAUGGAACCCUAACCCUAGAAUUCUCCCAUUCUCUCCUUUUUCCUCUCGAUACGGAGGAAUUAAUCCCAAAACCUCGAUCCCAAGAUUCCCAGUUCCCCCAAAAUCAUAUAAAAAUCCGGUUUUUAUUUCAUCUAGUCCAGAUGCGGGGCGCGUUCUACCCUCAAGCCCUAGAUUUGGGGCACCCGUUCCCCCACCACCUCUUCGCCGACCGCCUCCCGGUUUCCCCCCCGGCGCCGACGGUCGCCGCCCUCAGCCAGGACGACCUCAAGCGCAUCGCCGCCCACCGCGCCGUGGACCUGGUCGAGUCCGGCAUGGUCCUCGGCCUCGGCACCGGCUCCACCACCGCCCACGCUCUGGACCGCCUCGGAGACCUCCGCCGCCGCGGCGCCCUGCGCGACAUCGUCGGCAUUCCCACCUCCCUGAAGACCGCUGCCCACGCCACCGCCGUCGGCAUCCCGCUCUCUGACCUCGACGCCCACCCUGUCGUUGACCUCUCCAUCGACGGCGCCGAUGAGGUCGACCCCGCGCUCAACCUCGUCAAGGGCCGCGGCGGCUCCCUCCUCCGGGAGAAGAUGAUCGAGGGCGCCAGCCGUCGCUUCGUGGUCAUCGUCGAUGAGUCCAAGCUGGUGACUUGCCUUGGGGGAAGCGGCCUCGCCGUGCCUGUGGAGGUGGUCCCUUUCUGCUGGAAGUACACCCUCGGGCAGCUCGAAAGGCUGUUCGAUAACGACUCUGGAUUCUAUGCAAAGCUGAGGACAUUUUCCGAUAAGGAGGGGGUUGAGAUGCCCUUUGUCACAGACAAUUCGAACUACAUUAUCGACUUGUACUUCGAGAAGGGGAUAGGUGGCGAUCUGGAUGUCGUGAGUGAUUCAAUCCUGAGGUUCCCCGGGGUCGUGGAGCACGGGAUGUUUCUGGGUAUGGCGACGUCCGUGAUCGUGGCCGGGAAGAAUGGCGUUACUGUCACGAUGAAGUAGAGGGGAAGCCACGGCCGCUUGAGGUAAUUACAUCGAGCAAGGAAAUUAGAUUUUUAAUUGUAUUAUGUCCUGCCUCGAGCAGGGAAUUGCUGGCAUUUUUUUUUGGAUUUGUUCUCCGUGGAGGGUACAAUUCGUAUUUCUUGGAAAUUUUGUUUUCCGAUGAAUGGUGAAAUCAAUGUUGUAGGAGGGGAGAAUUGGGGUUCCAUGGGUUUUGUUGCUAAUUUAGUAUAACGGUUAUGAUAUUAAAAUGAGUUGGAUUUACUUCUCAUUUUUCUUACAUGGAUGUGGUAUAAAGAGUCGAAAGCCUCUGAGAAUA